AUUUAAAUACUCGUUUCUUAUACGGAGUACGUACGUAGUUGUAGUGUAAUAACAGCCGCUGCUCUUCUCUUCUGGUCCCUGCCUUCCCCAAGCUUAGCAUCGGUCAGGAGCUAUGGCCUUUCGGUGUCUUUCAUGGAUCAUAGAUCUGUUUGAGGAAGUUUUUGGUGAUGAUUUGAAUAACAGUGAAGCAGUGGAGGACGCAUUAACAACCAGAAGUACACCACUGGCUAUUAUUCAUGAGAAAUUGAUGAAGAAAGUUCCCAAAAUGUCAAUUUCAUCACCAACAUCUCAUUUUGAGGAAGUUUUUGGUAAUGAUUUGACUUAUAGUGCUACAGUGGAGGACUCAUUGACACCCGGAUCUUCACCACUGGCUGAUACUCCUGAAAAAAUGAUGAAGAAAGUUCCCAGAAUGUUAAAUUCUUCAUCAUCAUCUCAUGUUGAUGAGCAGCAGAGCAGCAAGCCUAUAAUUAUUCGUUAUUGUAAGAGCGGAGGCGAAGAUGACUUGAGACUUUAUAUUGUCGAUGGAAACUCUGAAAAGGAGUGCAAGACCAGGGGCCUGAACUCACUGAAAGGAGCUUACCUUGUAAACGCUUGCCGCGGAUUGGCGUUGAUUUCGACCAGGAACCUGGAAGCUUAUACCAAAUAUGCUGUGUUUAAUCCUCUAUCAAAAGAUAGAGUCCAAAUAGUAGGAACCCCCAAUGUGUCUGCUACCCGAGCAUGCGGGAUCUUCUUCCAUCCUUUAGCGAAAGAACACCGGAUUCUUGCAGUGCAUGGAAGAGAACCUUUAUUUGAAUAUCACAUUUACUCAUCCGGAGCCAAACGGUGGAGGCAAACCGCACAUCCUUAUUUUCCUUACGAGCCUGAAUGCUUUUGGGCUGAUGGGAAAAAACCGUAUAGGGUUGUCAAUGGUAACCCAGCAAUUGUUAAUCAAGCUCUUCAUUGGCAUAUUGGGGGUGUGAUGAUUUUUGAUAUGGUUAGUGAAGAGUUAUCACUCAGACGCCUCCCCUUUGAGGAGUACAUGGCACAAAAGGAUUAUUACAUGACCUUUCUGUUGGUGAAAGAAGAGCGCUUGUGCUUCUGCCUUGUGGAGUAUGAACGCAUGUCAAUAGAUAUAUGGGUUUUGGAAGACUAUGGGAAUUGGUCAUCUUGGACUAAGAAAUAUAUUGCUUCUCUUAGUUGGGAUGUGAAUGUGCUUCCUUUCACCCAAAGUCGGGCUACCGUAAGUCGUACAUUUUCGUAUAUAAGAAUAAUCAGCAUCCAUGAGAAUGAAUUGGUAUUGUUUUGGAGAUAUCGAGGUCUCUUCAUCUAUUCCCCAAAGACGCACACUAUAAGGCAAAUUUGCAAAAGGUUAAAUAUGCACGACAGUCCUUACAUGCACCAGAGUGAUUACGAUUGUUUUCUCGGGUUUGUUGCUUAUACUCCAACCAUAAGUGAUCGCAUAUGAUGAUGGUAUUUGUCAGUGAAGCAUGGAGUCACCUUUUAUAUUUUUAUGUUAGUUAUAUAUGCACACCAAUACUGUUUACGUACAUUUUUAGAUUUUUUUUUCUCUGUUCCCUUGUUUUAAUACCAAACUAUUACGUAUUUCAUUUAUGUGAAUGGGAUUUAUAUAUAUUGGGAUUCAUUUAUAUUGGGA